AUGGCCACUGCCACCUCCGCCGCCUUCUCCUCCACCGCCAUUCCCCGACCUCGCCGUCGUUCAAUCCCCGCCGCCACCUUCCGCUCCUCCUCCCCAUGUCUGAUCCCCUCCCGGCUUCUCCGCCCGGUCUUCCUCUACUCGCCGCGCGCCAUACCCCUCCAGCAGCAGCAGAGACGGCGGCGGGGCCGUCGCGAUCCUAGGCUCGGCUCGUUCCCCGCACUGCUCAGCGGAGCUGAAGAAAGAGAUGGCUUCGGCUGCUACGAGGCCGGGAGGUCGGAGACGCCCUUCUCCGCCGCGGGCUUCUUCGGAAGGCUCGCCUUCUCAUGGCUCGACCCCCUCAUCACCACCACCAACGGCCGCCACGCCCCCCUCGCCGCCGGCGACGUCCCGAAGCUGGGCGCCGCGGACCGUGCCGAGACCCAGUACACCGCGUUCUCCUCCGCCCUCGCCGCCGCCGCCACCUCCAUCCACGACCACCAUCACCCUCGCCCCGCCGCGAUCCUCCGCGCGAUCGUCUCCUGCCACAGCGCGGAGAUCGCCGCCUCCGCCCUGUACGCCCUCCUCAAGGUGCUCGCCCUCUCCGCGGGGCCGCCGCUCCUCAAGGCAUUCGUCCACGCAUCCGCCUCGUCUCCUCCGGCCGCGCGGCGCGAGCGGUGCUGCCUGCUGGCCCUGGCGCUGUUCCUCGCCAAGUGCGUCGAGUCGGUCUCGCAGCGGCAGUGGUACUUCCGCUCCCGCCGGGCGGGGAUCCAGGUGACCUCGCUCCUCUCCGCCGCGAUCUACCGGAAGCAGCAGAGACUACCCUCACCAGCCACGACGAACCACUCCCCCGGGCAGAUCCUCAGCUACCUGACGGUGGACGCGCGCCGGAUCGGGGACCUGUUCCCCUUCAGGCUGCACCAGGCAUGGGCCACGGUCCUCCAGCUCGCCGUCGCGCUGGCCGUGCUCCACGACGCCGUCGGCGCGGCGGCGAUCGCGUCCGUCGCCGUGAUCCUGCUCACCGUGGCCGUCAACGCGCCGCUAGCCAGGCACCAGCAGAGCGUGCAGAGCGAGCUGAUGAGAGCGCAGGACAUGAGACUGAAUGCCGUGUCGGAGUCCAUUGCCAACAUGAAAGCUUUGAAGGUCUACGCGUGGGAGAACCAUUUCAGGGAGGUGAUCAGAGGUCUCCGGGAGUCGGAGCUCCGCUGGCUGUCGGCGUUCCAGACGGGGAGAGCGUACACCAGCGUCGUGUUCUGGGCGUCGCCGGCGCUUGUCUCUGCUGCAACGUUCACGGCCUGCUGGUUUCUGAGGAUCCCGCUGGAUGCUAGCAAUGUUUUCGCGUUCGUCGCCGCACUGCGGCUCGUGCAGGACCCGAUUAACCGGAUGCCUGAUGUCAUCGGAGCCAUCAUCCAGGGAAGAGCAUCGUUGUCUCGGAUCGCUGAGUUCCUUGGCGUGCCUGAGCUGCAGGAUGUUCGGCAUGGGCAGGAGCGAUCCGGUGAACACGGUCAGUGCUAUGUGUUGAUCAGGUCUGGAAAUUUCUCAUGGGAGAAUAAUUCAGAUAGACCAAGCCUGAGGAACAUAGAUUUGGAGGUGAAAUCUGGAGAGAAGGUAGCGAUAUGCGGCGAGGUUGGGUCUGGGAAGUCGACUCUUUUAGGAGCUAUUUUUGGGGAUGUCCCCAGGACAGAGGGCAAGAUCGAAGUCUGUGGGAAAAUAGCGUACGUGUCCCAGAAUGCAUGGAUCCAGAAAGGAACCGUGAGGGACAAUAUCCUCUUUGGGUCCACCAUGGACAUGCAAAGGUACGAAGAGGCUCUUCACCGAUGUUCCUUGAUCAAAGAUCUUGAAAUGUUGCCAUCUGGUGAUCUCACUCAAAUUGGGGAGAAAGGAGUUAAUCUUAGUGGAGGACAGAAGCAACGUGUUCAGUUAGCUCGAGCGUUGUAUCAAGAUGCGGAUGUCUAUCUGCUUGAUGACCCUUUCAGUUCUGUUGAUGUGCACACGGCCACAAGCCUCUUUAAUGAUUAUGUUAUUGGAGGCUUAGCAAGAAAGACUGUUGUGUUAAUAACUCAUAAAGUGGAGUUUUUACCUGCAUUUGAUUCCAUCCAACUAAUGUGUGACGGAGAGAUAAAGCUUGCUGGUUCUUACAAAGAAUUACUAUCAACUUCAAAGGAAUUUCGGGAACUUGUACAUGCACACAAAGAUGGCGCCAACUUUUCAAAUGUUAUGUCCAUGGCCAAUGAUGAAAGGACCAAUGGCAAGCCUACAGCGAAGAUCAGCUGCAUCCAUAUUAGUAGUAGAGAAGAUGAGGCCAUGAAGCACUCAGAAGAGGAUCAAUUGAUGAAGAGAGAAGAUGAAGAGAUUGGUUACACUAGCUUGGGGCCUUAUUUACAGUACUUGUUCCAGAACAAGGGCUAUGUGUAUGCUUCUCUUGUUGCGGUCACAAACUUACUUUUCAUAUCUGGACAAGUUGCCCAAAACUCAUGGCUUGCUGCCAAUGUGCAAAACCCUCAUGUGAGCACACUGCGUCUGGCUACGGUCUAUGUCGCAAUUGGAGCUGGUUCAAUCAUUUUCUUGCUUUUGAGAGCUCUAGCAGCAGUAGGCCUUGGCCUUCAAACAUCGGAAUCUCUAUUUUCCAAUUUACUUACCACUUUGUUCCGUGCCCCCAUAUCCUUUUUUGACUCCACUCCGCGUGGAAGGCUACUUAGCCGGGUGUCUUCGGACUUGAGCAUUAUCGACCUUGACAUUCCAUUUAGUUUUGCUUUCAGCAUCAGUGCCACCAUGAAUGCAUAUGGUAAUCUGGGCGUGUUGGUGUUUGCCACUUGGCAAGUUUUGCUUGUCUCUGUUCCAGUCCUCCUCCUGGCUGCUAAGCUGCAGAGGCUCUACUUAACCUUCGCAAAGGAAAUGAUGAUGAUCAACGGCACCACGAAAUCUCUUAUCGCCAAUCACCUGGGAGAAUCAAUUUCAGGAGCAAGCGUAAUAAGGGCCUUUGGGCAAGAAGAUCGCUUUUUCGCUAAAAUGUUGGAGCUCGUUGAUAACAAUGCGAGCCCAUGUUUCCAUAAUUUUGCAGCAACUGAAUGGCUUACUCUACGCCUGGAGAUCAUGAGUGCCGCUAUCCUUUCGUCUUCUGCCUUUGCCAUUGCUCUUCUUCCCCAGGGGACUUUUACCGCAGGAACUGUAGGAAUGGUUCUGUCUUACGGUCUAUCACUCAAUAUGUUAUUGGUUUUCUCUGUCCAAAGCCAGUGUUCUCUUGCAAACCAAAUCGUCUCUGUCGAAAGAUUUAGCCAAUACAUGAAUGCUGCAAAAGAGGCACCAGAUAUCAUCGAAGAUAAUCGCCCACCAGACUGCUGGCCGGCCACGGGUAAGAUUCAACUCGUGGACUUGAAGAUUAAAUAUAGUCAAGAUUCUCCAUUCAUUCUGCACGGGAUCACUUGCACAUUUGGAGGAGGGGACAAGAUCGGGGUAGUUGGGCGCACCGGAAGCGGCAAGACAACUUUGAUAAACGCAUUGUUCCGACUUGUUGAGCCAUCUGGAGGGAAAAUAAUAAUCGAUGGGCAAGAUAUUACAAGAAUUGGGUUGCAUGACUUGCGGUCGCGCAUCGGUCUUAUCCCGCAGGAUCCAACACUUUUUCAUGGUUCCAUACGCUAUAACUUGGAUCCUCUAGGCCAGUUCUCAGAUGAACAGCUAUGGGAGGCUCUUGGAAAGUGCCAGCUAAUUCAAAUUGUUCAAGAUAAGAAGCAAGGUUUGGAUUCACUGAUCAUGGACUCAGGCUCAAACUGGAGCAUGGGCCAGAGGCAGCUGCUCUGCCUGUGCCGCAUGCUCUUGCGGCGGCACCAGAUCCUGGUCCUUGACGAGGCCACAGCAUCCAUCGACAACUUGACGGACACCAUCAUCCAGAGGACUAUCAGGACAGAGUUCGCCGACCGCACCGUCAUCACGGUCGCCCACCGGAUUCCGACGGUGAUGGAUUGUGACAUGGUGUUCGCCAUCAGUGACGGUGAGGUGGUGGAGUACGAGGAGCCUGGGAAGCUGAUGCAGAGAGAAGGGUCGCUGUUCAGGGAACUCGUCAGGGAGUACUGCUCUCAAUCUCAGCAUGCAAACUGACUGACAGCCUGCGAGCUCAGAUAAGAUUGUUUAUUCCCACAACACACACAAGCGCAACCCUCGUACUUUCGAAAGACAGAACUGACAUGGAGCAGCUAUUUGUGUUCGCAAACGAGGACCUGCGGCAGUGAAACUUAGCACAUGCAGGUAGAAGAAGAAGCAGAGCUACGGACAUUACAGAGCAGUGGUAUUGAUUCUUGUGUGGCGUGAGUGGGUGGCCAGG